CCCCCCCCCCUUCUCUCAAUUUCCUUUCCCCUGUGACUAUCCACUCCUCCCAGGUUUCAUAUUUACAUUAUGAGCAGCCUCGAAGAUUCACCAAUGAGUGACUCUGAGGGUUCUGAAAUGAGUGAUUCUGAGACGAGUGGUUCUGAAGAUUUCGAGUUGAGUACCCCAGAAGAUUUUGAGUCCAGUGCCCCUGAAGAUGCUUGCCUGGAAUGCUAUUGUGGACGUCUCGCAAAACUGCGAGUAUCAAAUACUACCAAGAAUCCAUCUCGGUUAUUCUACAAUUGCCCCAUGAGAAUCGAUAGUCAAUGUGGAUAUUUCGAGUGGGCUGAUGAGCUAGGUCAAGCUAAACAUACCAAGGAGCUAAAUAAGAUUCGCCUCCGGUGCACUCAACUGCAAGAAAGGUUGGAGGACAUUCAGCAGCAACGUGAUAAUGAUAGGAUUGUCUGGCAGAGGGAAAGAUCCGAGCUAAUGACAAGAUUAUUUACUGUCCAAGCUGAGCUUGAUGAUAUCAAGAAGAAAAUUAAAUUGGUGAACGAGUCAGAACUUAUGCCCCCUCUUGAUGAAUUAUCCAGUACAGUUGCAGAUGAUGAGAGAGAUGAUGCAAAAGUCAUAUAUGCUACAUGAGCAGCAGUCUUGCCUACAAACUAGUUGCAAAAUCCUUCCCCUUCCUCCCUCACUCUUCUGUUGAUAUAUUGCAAAGAACUUUCUCUUUUAAACUGAUAGUGAAAGACCUUUCAUGUAAAUAAUUUAUAAUCUUGUAUUUUGUUCGAAUGGGGGAAGAAAUACGGAAGUCUGAGAACUUAAUAGAGCUCACUCUCUGAUUUGAACA